AUGUCAUAUUUUUUAUUUAGCGUUCGAUUAAAUGAUAAAUAUUUUGGUACUGAAUUUACUCAUGCACCUGAUGGUAAUGAUUAUCAAAUACCAUUAUUUGAUCGUGUACUUUGUGAUGAUAUUGAAGAACCAGUGCUUUUUCGUUCGAUUCAAAAUGAUCUUGCACAAUUAGAUAAUAUCUAUCAACAAAUAUCAUAUGCCCAUUCACCUGUGUAUUCACGCUCUUGUUCAUCAAAUAUAAUUCCUGCAAAUCAUUUCAAGCCUUUUACAAAGGUUCAACCAUGGUCUUUUAUGCCUUCAAUAGAUAAUAAUCCUCCAUUUAAUGAAUCAUCUUACUUCAAAAAGAUUAAAAAAAAGCAAACAUCACUCAAUCGUUCUUCAUAUCGAGUCACAGUACGACGAAUAACUGCACCACAUAUCGCUGCAGCUGCAGUUGAAACUUAUCGCAUGCAUAAAAAUAAAGUAUCAAAUACAAUUCAUUAUGAACAAUUAAAUCAAACAGUCAUAAAUAAUCAUGAACGAUGCAGAACUCUAGAAGCUACGAAUAUAUAUAAAGAAAAUUAUUAUAACUCUAAUAAUGAAAAUAUUCCAUCAGUACCUUUUAAGAAAAUCUUAAUCAUAAAUAAUGGUAUUCAAAUGAGCAGUACUAGUUUAAUUAUAACAAAUAAUGAUCAAAUAAAUCUUAUUAGUGAUAAUAAUUCAGAGGAAAAUUUUUCUGAACAUUAUAUGAAGCAAGUUCAAACAUUCAAUGAAUUAUUGCCAUCUAUGACACAAAUAAGCCAAUCAACUAAUGAUAGCAUUUUUUUUUAUUGGAUCUAA